CUGAGAAGAUCAAAAAGAAGAAAAGUCGCUGUCCUGGAUGGAUGGAGAGGAGAAAGAAUCAAGUACAGAUGGACCCCGGAAGGUUUUGAGAACGAUGGCAUCAUAUCCCCGAAAGGUCAGCAGAAUGCAAAAAUUGAAAGAACGACUAAAAAACGUCGAAGGAUCAAAACCAGACAAAUUGUCGCAGAGGAAGAGGAGGAGGAAAGAAAACAUUUUGAAACGGAAUCAGAUUGCGCUGUUGAUGAUGAAGGAAACUCGCCCAUUGUUGAAGUCUUUGAUUUGCAGUUGGAGAAUCACAUCCCACUGGAAUGCAUCCUAAAGUAUUACAAAUCCGCGCUAUUAAACAUCCAAACGAAGGAACCUGCCAAAGAAAGCGACCCAAUUGUGAUGACGAAGGGCCUGACAACGAACCUUUUCUUUGCCGGUAUAAUGGAAAUUAAAGGUUUAGAAGAGAAAAUGCCACAAAAGAUUUCAGCAAGUUUGUUGCUGUUCAAUGUGUCGAGAGGAAAGUUGGAGGUCAUUCUCAGUGGCCAGACUAGGUUCAUAAAAACAGGCGACUCCUUCUACGUACCACCCGGUAAUACUUAUGGGUUGAGGAAUCUUCGAAAUUAUACUGCCAAGCUUUUUUACGUGAACAUCAAGAAAUUUUCGUUUUGA